GCUGGCGCGGAGCGGGGUACCGAGCGCGGAGAGCGCUGCCGGGCGCGGAGCAGAGCGCCGGCCGCCUCCCGAAAGCCGCGGCGCCCGGCCCGGGGGCGAUCGGCCCGUAGCGCCCCCGGGUCUGUCCCCGGGGCGCCAUGGCCCCAGCGAGGCCGGGCGCACCCGCGGGGCCCCGGGCGCGUCGGCUAGCGCGCCGCUGAGCAGGGUAAAGCUCGGAGAGGCCGGGGCCCCCCGGGGCACAGGAAGGGGCCGGCGCCAUGGAGCCCCCGGCCGCCCCUUCGGAGAGGAGCCUGUCUCUGUCUCUGCCCGGGCCCCGGGAGGGCCAGGCCACCCUGAAGCCGCCCCCACAGCACCUGUGGCGGCAGCCGCGGACCCCUAUCCGUAUCCAGCAGCGCGGCUACUCUGACAGCGCGGAGCGCGCAGAGCCUGAGCGGCCGCCACACCGGCCCAUAGAGCGCGCCGACGCCGUGGACACCGGCGACCGGCCCGGCCUGCGCACUUCUCGCAUGUCCUGGCCCUCGUCCUUCCACGGUACCGGCACCGGCAGCGGCGGCGCGAGCGGAGGCAGCUGCAAGCGCUUCGAGGCGGAGAAUGGGCCCACGCCAUCUCCUGGCCGCAGCCCCCUGGACUCGCAGGCGAGCCCGGGCCUCGUGCUGCACGCGGGGGGGGCUAUCAGCCAGCGCCGGGAGUCCUUCCUGUACCGCUCGGACAGUGACUACGACAUGUCACCCAAAACCAUGUCCCGGAACUCGUCGGUCACCAGCGAGGCGCACGCUGAGGACCUCAUUGUGACACCUUUCGCCCAGGUGCUGGCCAGUCUCCGGAGUGUCCGCAGCAACUUCUCACUCCUGACCAAUGUGCCCAUUCCCAGCAACAAACGGUCCCCGCUGGGCGGCCCAACCCCCGUCUGUAAGGCCACGCUGUCAGAAGAGACAUGUCAACAACUGGCCCGGGAGACACUGGAGGAGCUGGACUGGUGCCUGGAGCAGCUGGAGACCAUGCAGACCUACCGCUCCGUGAGCGAGAUGGCAUCCCACAAGUUCAAGAGGAUGUUAAACCGUGAACUCACACACCUGUCAGAGAUGAGCAGGUCAGGAAACCAGGUCUCUGAGUACAUCUCCACCACAUUCCUGGACAAGCAGAAUGAAGUGGAGAUUCCAUCACCCACGAUGAAGGAUCGAGAAAAACAGCCAGCUCCCCGCCAGAGACCUUCCCAGCAGCCCCCGCCCCCUGGGCCGCAAUUCCAGCCCAUGUCUCAGAUCACGGGGGUGAAGAAACUGAUGCAUAGCAGCAGCCUGAGUGACUCCAGCAUCCCCCGCUUUGGGGUGAAGACCAACCAAGAAGAGCUCCUGGCCCAAGAACUGGAGAACCUGAACAAGUGGGGUCUGAACAUCUUCUGCGUAUCCGAAUACGCCGGAGGCCGUUCCCUCAGCUGCAUCAUGUACACGAUAUUUCAGGAGCGUGACCUGCUGAAGAAAUUCCGCAUCCCAGUGGACACCAUGGUGACAUAUAUGCUGACCCUGGAGGACCACUACCACCCGGACGUGGCCUACCACAACAGCCUGCACGCGGCCGAUGUGCUGCAGUCCACCCACGUGCUGCUGGCCACACCCGCGCUAGAUGCUGUGUUCACGGACCUGGAGAUUCUUGCCGCCCUCUUCGCGGCCGCUAUUCAUGACGUAGACCACCCUGGGGUCUCCAACCAGUUCCUCAUCAACACUAAUUCGGAGCUGGCGCUCAUGUACAACGAUGAGUCGGUGCUGGAGAACCACCACCUGGCCGUGGGCUUCAAGCUGCUGCAGGAAGACAACUGCGAUAUCUUCCAGAACCUCAGCAAGCGCCAGCGGCAGAGCCUGCGCAAGAUGGUCAUCGACAUGGUGCUGGCCACGGACAUGUCCAAACACAUGACCCUCCUGGCAGACCUGAAGACCAUGGUGGAGACCAAGAAGGUGACCAGCUCGGGGGUCCUCCUGCUGGACAACUACUCCGACCGCAUCCAGGUCCUUCGGAACAUGGUGCACUGUGCAGACCUCAGCAACCCCACCAAGCCACUCGAGUUGUACCGCCAGUGGACCGACCGCAUUAUGGCCGAGUUCUUCCAGCAGGGGGACCGUGAACGUGAGCGGGGCAUGGAGAUCAGCCCCAUGUGCGACAAGCACACAGCCUCGGUGGAGAAGUCUCAGGUGGGUUUCAUCGACUAUAUCGUGCACCCGCUGUGGGAGACAUGGGCUGACCUGGUCCACCCGGACGCCCAGGAGAUCCUGGACACGUUAGAGGACAACAGAGACUGGUACUACAGCGCCAUUCGGCAGAGCCCAUCACCGCCGCCUGAGGAGGAGCCCAGGGGGCCGGGCCACCCACCCCCACCUGAUAAGUUCCAGUUUGAGCUGACGCUGGAAGAGGAAGAUGAGGAGGAGGUGUCUACCGCCCCGGGUGCAUUUACGGUGCAGGGAUUGUCCGUGGCUCAGGAUGCGUCCCCAGCCGAGGAACUCUUGGAGGUCGAUGGCCAGGAUAUGCCCACGGAGGCGAAGGUACAGGAACCUUGCUGCACGCAGCAAGCAGACUCGGCCGGUAGUGUGGCUGCGGGCAAGGACAAGGCCACGUCCCCAGACGCAUCCGUGGAUGCCGUAGGCCGCAGCAGCCCCCUGGCCCUGUCUGCCGAGAGCCCCCUUCCGCCCGCCUUGAGGACCCCGCCCCCUCCAGAGGACACCCCGGGCCUCCCGGGCCUCCCCUCCACGGCGGCCGAGGCGGGGGCCCAAAAAGAGCAUCAGGCUGCCAAGAGGGCGUGCAGUGCCUGCACAGGAAUGUCCGGCGAGGACCCCCCCCCACUCCCAGCUCGGGGGUGGGGGUCAGCUGGAGGCCCUACCUGAACCCCGGCCCCAACACCCUCCUGCUCUCCCCGGCUCCCUUCACCACCAUUACCCCACGACCGCCUCCUCCACUGCCUCAAAGACUCUUGGGCCUCCAGAGAAAAAAGAAAACAGAAAAGUGGG